AUCUCUCUCUCUCAAAUGGGAGCACAGACCGAGAUUGCUUUUCUCACUUCCUCUGUAAAACCCUAAUUUUCGAUCCCUAUACCUAAAACCUGAAGUUCCUCUCUCUCCCUCUUUCUGUAAUCUUCAAUCUGUCUGCACCCAAUCGAUCCACUUCAAUCACUGCGCGAAACCUAGCAAUUUCUCUCUCUCUGAGACCUGAAAUCCCUCUCUCUUCGAGCAAGAUCCAAGGCUGUUUCCGUAUAAUUUGGUGGUUUUCUGGGGUUCGAUUAGGGUUCCGGCAAGGCUGGCGAGUAUUCGGGUCAAGUAAAUGGCGGAUCCGCCACGGUUCCGCCCUCUUCCGCACGUGUGGUCGUCCCGAGGAAGCUUCCGAACUUGUCUCUUCUGUCUCUGUGUUCGAUUGGCGUUGAUAGGGUUACAGAGCUGUGACGAUUUCUGAGUGAAACAAGAAGAAAAUACAAAGAAGAAGAAGAAGAAAAGCAUGCUGAGUGUGCUGCGGGUGCACCUUCCUUCUGAUAUCCCCAUUGUAGGCUGCGAGCUCACGCCCUACGUUCUCCUCCGUCGUCCUGAAAAGAUCGUCACCACCGACGAUGUGCCCGAGUCCGCCCCGCUCGAUGGCCAUUUCUUGAGGUACAAGUGGUAUCGUAUACAAAGUGAUAAAAAAGUUGCUGUCUGUAGUGUACAUCCUUCUGAGCAAGCUACAUUGCAGUGCCUAGGUUGUGUUAAGGCCAAAAUACCUGUUGCCAAAAGUUACCAUUGUUCUCCUAAGUGCUUCUCAGAUGCAUGGCAACAUCAUCGUGUUCUACAUGACCGUGCUGCAAGUGCUGUAAAUGAAAAUGGAAAUGAAGAGGAAGAGUUAUUUGGGCGCUUCAACAGUGCAGGAUCUGCAGCAAACUUAUCUGCUUCUGCAGCAAAUCCUAGCUUGACGAAUGGUACAACACCAUUGUAUCCUGCUGCUGUUACACAAAGGAGUGGGGGUGAAACUUGGUUUGAAGUUGGACGCGCUAAAACAUAUACACCAACAGCUGAUGAUAUUGGUCAUGUUCUGAAGUUUGAAUGUGUUGUAGUAGAUGCUGAAUCAAAACUACCUGUGGGCCAUGUCAACACUAUAUUGACUUCUCGUGUCAUACCAGCUCCCUCACCUAGUCCACGCUGUGUAAUCUCAGUAAAUGGAGUUGAUGUGAUGGGACAUCUAGAUUCAGAUGGCCGUAUUGCAACCUCAGGAACUUUUUCUGUGCUCUCUUACAACAUUUUGUCUGAUGUGUAUGCAACAAGUGAAUUAUACAGUUACUGCCCCUCUUGGGCUCUUUCCUGGCCAUAUCGCAGACAAAAUUUGUUAAGAGAAAUAGUUGGCUACCAUGCAGAUAUUGUUUGUCUUCAGGAGGUUCAAAGUGAUCACUACGACGAGUUUUUUUCUCCUGAGCUGGACAAACAUGGUUAUGUUGGUCUAUAUAAGAGAAAAACGAGCGAGGUUUAUAGUGGAAAUACCAACACAAUUGACGGUUGUGCAACAUUUUUUCGGAGAGACAGAUUUUCACAUGUUAAAAAAUAUGAGGUUGAAUUUAAUAAGGCUGCCCAGUCUUGGACUGAUAGUCAACUACCAAGUGCUCAGAAGAAAACUGCUCUAAACCGACUGUAUAAGGAUAAUGUUGCACUAAUAGUUGUCCUGGAAGCAAAAUUCAGCAAUCUGGGAGCUGAUAAUCCUGGGAAACGCCAGCUUCUUUGUGUGGCAAAUACACAUGUAAACGUUCACCAAGAUUUAAAGGAUGUAAAGAUCUGGCAGGUUCAUACUCUCCUGAAAGGAUUGGAGAAAAUAGCUGCUAGUGCAGACAUUCCAAUGUUGGUUUGUGGGGAUUUUAAUUCAAUUCCUGGAAGUGCUGCUCAUUCACUUCUUGCUAUGGGGAAGGUGGAUCCUUUGCAUCCAGACUUGGCGGCAGAUCCCAUUGGCAUCUUGCGUCCAAACAGCAAGCUGGUGCAUCAGUUGCCACUCGUUAGUGCUUACUCAUCCUUUGCAAGAAUGGGGGUUGGCCAUGGUUUGGAACAGCGGAGGAGAAUGGACCCCACAUCAAAUGAACCCUUAUUUACAAAUUGCACUAGAGAUUUCAUUGGCACACUAGAUUAUAUAUUUUACACAGCGGACUCUUUGACGGUGGAAUCCUUACUGGAGCUCUUGGAUGAGGAGAGCUUGAGGAAGGACACAGCACUUCCUUCUCCAGAGUGGUCCUCUGAUCAUAUAGCACUUUUAGCUGAAUUUCGUUGCAUGCCUAGAGCUAGACGUUGACAAGUCAGGGUCAGGAAUGGAGAUAACCAGGAAAAAGGGCAAGAGAAGCUGUUGGAUAAAGUUAAGUUAUUGUAAGAAUUGUAGAUCUCAGGCAUCUCCUUGUGGGGAUCCUUGCUAUGAUCUGCCUUGUAUUAUGCCAAUCUUUGUCUCAUAGAAAAAUUAUUAUUAUCCCGA